AUGAUGUUGAAGACGGCUGAUGGAUUGAACAAAGCAUAUGAAAUGCUUCAACCGGCCUCGUCUGCCAAUUUAAUUUUCGAUUUUUUCAAAGCCCCAGACGGAGAUCAUGCCAGUAUUAUAAAACUGUUGAAGGUCCUGAAAUCGUUCGGUUUGCGGGAAAAGGAUCCACGACUGAAGGAAAUGAUGACUCGAAUACAAAAAAUUGAAGACUCUCGUGAGACCGGCCACAGCGGCGGAUUUCAUUUACGGCGUCACACCUUCAGAGAGUAA